CAAUCAAUCGGCAUCAACCAUUAGCACAAUUAUCUCCACUUCCUCUCUUUCCUUCAGAAAGCAAAAAGAAAAAAAGGAAAAAUGAAAAUGGGGUUUCUCUUUUGUCCAUCUCUGAUUCUUUUCUUUUCUCUUUGGGUUAGUCUAAUCUCACCCACACAUUCCUUCAACUGUUCAUCGCUGAAACUCCCCGGAGGCAAAAAACAGUACUCCAACUGUACCGAGCUCCCAACCCUAAACUCAACCCUCCAUUUCACCUACAAUGCCACUAACUCCUCUCUUUCCAUCGCCUUCUCAGCAGCUCCGCCCAACGCCAACGGUUGGGUCGCUUGGGCCAUCAACCCGACGGCUACAGGCAUGGCAGGUUCCCAAGCCCUCCUUGCCUUCAAAAACAACGGCUCCAUGGUUGUUAAAACAUACAACAUAAGCUCCUAUAGCUCCAUUGUCGAUGGAAAGCUUUCUUUCGAGGUUUGGGAUCUGGAAGCCGAGGCUGGCGACGACGGGAAGAUGGUUAUAUAUGGUUCCUUGAAAGUUCCGGCCAGUGCCGAGAAGCUGAACCAGGUUUGGCAAGUUGGACCAGGGGUUUCUAAUGGUCACCCGAUGAAGCAUGAGUUUGCUAAAGCAAAUCUGGCUGCUUUGGGAGAGUUGAAGUUGGUGGAGAAUGUGAGUUCGGGUGCCUCAUCCCCUGCACCAGCUCCACAAGUUGCUAACAACGAGUCGGGAGACGGGUCGAAGCUUAUGGAAAUAAAUGCUGGAUUGUGGAUCUCGGGUUUGGUUUCCUUACUGGCUUUGAUGUGAGUUUAAGGAGUCCAGUAAUUAGUAUUUAUUAUCAAAAACCAAAAAAAUAAAUGAUAUUGAAUGAUUUUAGCAGGAACUAUUUAUUGCUUUUGUCUUCAUUUUGUUUUACUAAUAAUUAUUCUUAAGAUGAAUUAGAAUUACCCAGCUAUCAUGAAAAUUUUGUGGCAUUUUUUUUCUAGUUUUUAACUUUUACAAAUUCUUUCCUUUUUUACCAAUUGAAUUGUGUUUGAAGCCUGGCAGAAGUAGACUGCAAAUACUAAAAUUAGAGUUGUUCAGAAUGAAAUAAUUGUCCUUUUCUUGUCCUUUUGUUGAGUA